ACUUUCUUUUCAACCAGAAGAAGAAGAACCAAAACAACACACUCUCUCUCUUAACCUACAGGUCCAGAAGCAACUAGCAAGACCACUAAAGAAACAAUGGGACAAGGCAAAGAAGUACUAAAGACCAAAACUGAGGAUGCCCAAGUUGAAAUCCAGGAGAGAGGGGAGAUAUUCUUCUUUUACAGGCCAAAGGUGAAUAAAGAAGAAGCUCACAGUCCAGACGAUGUGCAACGUUUGUACGUUGUUUUGAGGCCAGAGUCUGGUGAGAGGUCAAUCGAAGAGAAGCAAGACGCGGAUUCAGGAAAGGAAGGGGCAAAGAGGAAGGGGUCAGAUAUUGGGGAUGAAGGAGGUUCUGGUGGUAGUGAAGGGGAAGGUGGACAUGGGAAGCAGGAGGUGAAUAUCGAGAAGCAACCAUUGCUGAGGUUCAUAGUGAUGGGAAGGAAAAGCCUUCCUGAUCCAGGCAAGAAGAGUAGACCUUACUGGGGUUUCGUGGAGUUGGUCACAACAAAUAUAGAUGAUGUCAAGUCUUCCCUUCAGGAAGAGGAGUAUGAUACUAAAACCAAAGGACACAGACAUACAUCAGCAGCAAGGGCACUUGGAGAAGGCAUUUAUCGUAUCUUGAGGCAUAAAGAGGGGAAGAAGAAACCACACUCUCAUUUGAUCUACAAGCUUGAGUUUCCACCUGAAGAUGAGUACAAUGAGCCUCAGGAAUCGCUAAACAUUAAACAUGAAGGCUCAUUUCAUAUUCAAAUAAAAAACCCAGAGCAACAUGGCAGCAGUACUUCACAGUACAGAGGGCUGCAGAGCAAGCGGAAGGCAGUGUUUCCUGCUCACUUACAAGGCCAGUUUGGGAAGCUACGGUAUCACCCGGCUGAUCCACCUGAUUUUUUGAACUACGAAGGAUGCGAGUUCUUGCUCAUAUCAGCUUCGGAUAAUAUAGAAGAGGAAUUGGGCUUGGAGCUUCAGACCGAGGAGGUAGAAGCUGAUGAGUCUUGUUCUGAUUUGGUCAAGACUUUUGGGGAGACUGCAUCUACUACCCCUCUUCUGAAAGGCGCUUGGGUUUGAAAACCAACUGUUUGACUGCUACCUUUUUGUUUGUUAUGUUCCCUUCCACCACUAGGAAAUGUUCUGUAGUGUUUUUUAUUGUAAGUAACGUGUGUAUGUAAUGUUGUGUGAUAUUAGGCUACUUUGUAAAGUUGUGGGAGUACCUCUUCUGUAGUUUGUGAAUAUAACUAGUACAAGUUUCUUCUAUGCGUGCUUUGAGACUAAGAAGAGGAUUACCUAUUGUGCAAUUUGUGCAUGUAAUUCUGUUGACAACCUCAACUCUUAUUAGCACAGUGAUCGGCCACGUAAAUUUUGAAGUAAAAGUAAUGUAUAAGGAAAGAUACUCAAGGAAGGACCAUAUAUGUCAAAGUAUUUUAUCAAGCAAUAAUCAAACGAGUUGGUAGAGGUAUUUUAUUCUUUUAUCAACCAUAUGCAGUAUAUUCUUCAAGUUCAAGCAGAUGCAAGUAAUUUAUAUCAGAUAGCAAUCAACAGUACCUCUAUUCCAUGAGCAUUUCACAUUGCUUGUUUGGCGUUCUCUUUGAUCAAGUUUCUAAGGCAGACCGUGUGCCACGGAAUACUGUUGCAUCUUUU